AUGGCGUCUCGGCAGCAAAACAGAAUUCAAGCCUACCUGGAAAGGAACAAGAUCGGGCCCCUCUUCGAGGAACUGAUGACCAAGCUAAUAACAGAGACUCCUGAUCAUCCAAUUCCAUUUCUCAUUGACCAUCUUCAAUCCAAACAAGGGAGCCAGAGCCACAUUCAGAGAACAUUGUCUGGAUCUGCUGCUCUCUGGGCAGAGAGUGAAGCUUCAGAACAUAAGGGAGCCAGAAGAGAUUUCAGAAGUUAUGAUAAACCCUGGAAGACAAAUGCAAAGAAGCCUAAAAAAUCAAAAAGUGACCUUGCAGUAUCCAGCAUUUCUCCUCCAUCUCCAGAAUCUAAAUCAUUGCCGCGAUCAGUAGGGCACCUGAAAUGGGAUUGGAAGUCAAAGUCAGUGCAUCAUGAUUUCGAUGAAUUAAAUCAUAUCCUUCAAGAAAGUAAGAAACUUGGCAAAGCUCUUGAAAAUCUUUCUCAAAGUAUUGCAAUUUCUGAUGAACUCAAUAAGGAAACGGCAGCAUUUAAUACUUCACUUGUUCGGCCUCGGGUAGUUGGAGAGUGGAUAGGACGUGAAGAAAAUGAUGCAGAUCCACUGGCUGAUGAAAUGUUGCAGCCUCCAGUACCAAGAAGCAAAAUGGAACAGUGGGACAGUGAAGAUAGUAGCAGUCCUGGAGGAAGUUUAAAGAUGAAACCGAAGACUAAAGGACUGAAACAUCAACAGCAGCAACAUAAAAAAUUGCUGGCUGCGAUGCUUUCACAAGAUUCAUUUGAUUCUCUACCCAGCACAACUCCUUCAGUAACAGAAGAAGAUAUCGACAAUGAAGAUGAUGCCAUGGAACUGCUGGAAGAUCUUGAUGAUUUAAGAAUGGAAGGGGUAACCAGUGUGGUAUCUACUGGAAGCAAAUUUAACCAAACUCGAAGUUCACAUACAGCUGAACCACAAGCCAAAGUUACCCUGAAUAUCUGUGCAAGAUGUGCCAGAUUGCAAGGAGAUACUUUGACAGAAAGUGCAGAGGAUCCGUCUGUUGUCUCUCAUACAUUUGAGCAAGAAGGACCAGAAUCUGUUGUAUCAGAGCCUGGGACAGAAAUAUCAAUGGAGAGUAUUGAUGAAUUGGAGAAUGUAUCUCUAGCAACUGAGCUGAAUCAGCCAGCCUGGACUCUAGACAUUGUGGGUUCAAGAAGUAGAGACUCUUCAAGUCAGAAACCAUUAGAAGAUUCACUGGCUGCAAAAGAACUACAAACUAUGGAAAAACACCUCUCUGACAUUGCAAAGGACCUAGCACUGUGGGAAGAAGGAAGAUUAUCAAGAAAUACCACUGGACAAUCAACUCAUGUAAUUCCACUAGAUCACCAAGGAAAUUUUAAAAUUACCCUUAGCCAGGAUUCAAGACCAGUUCAGAAUGGGAAAGAUAUUCAGCUCCAGCUUCAAAGAAACAAAUCACCACCAUUAUCCAGCAACAAUAGCCUACUAGUCUCCAGUAGACCUCAGUCUUCCAGUACACAGACCAACAGAUCUUCUGGGCUGCCAACUCCACUAAACAGAACUGCAACCCCAGAUACUUUGUUACAAAGACCUGUUUCCCCUAACAACCAAGGAAACAAAGAAGGAACCAUUAGUAUGCAAAGAAGCCAGUCUUUAAUAUCAAAGAAUCAACUUGGAAGGACCAUCACUAGUCCUGCAGGGCAUCUUGAAACAACUGGAGUUGCUCUAGGAAAUAUCACUCAAAGAAGCAGUAUGUCUGAAGAGGACUUCCUACAACAACUUCAGCUGGCUCACCAGCCAUGGAUUUUGCCAGCUGAUACUGAAAGUGAAGAAGCAGAAUCAAAUCGAGAUAAAUGCUUGUGAAUGAAAUUAUGGAUGCAAUGAAGAACAAUUGAUCCCAAGUAUAUAAC